AUGCCCCCGUGGGAGAGGCGCGAGCUCAUGAAGAAGGCGGCGAUGGAGAAGGGUGGCCUUCCGUGGCCCGCCUACCUCGGCCUCAGCGUCAUCGUGUCCAUCGCGGCCAUCGGGAGCUGCUUCGAGCUCAACUACGGCAACCCCAUCUUCGGCGUCGUCGGACCGGACUCCUUCCUGUACAAGCCGAUCCUCUACUGGUUCAUCGGCACCGGGUUCCCGCUCGCGGCCUUCCUGUGGACCAAGGGCAUCGCCGGCGCGAACGAGGCGGCCGAACUUCAGGAUGAGCUCGACGGGUACUGA